AUGGUGAGGAUAACUCCAAUGGCGUCCUUCUCCGUUCGCCCUUCUUUAUCGGCGUUUAGGUUCACCGGAUUUUCUCGCUCCGGCCUCUCUCUCUCCUCCUUCAACACCUCGCGCAGGAUCGCUUUGUUGCAACUUGGCAGUGCUGUUCCACAGUCGCAAUACUUCGGUCUGAAAGCGUCUGAGAUGUUAAGGGGAGAAAGCAGCAACAUAGGGAUGACUGUAGCUGGAAAUGCGGCCCAAGCAAGCACUAGUGCUUCCUCCGAAAAUCUCUUAGACUGGGUGAAACAGGACAAGAGAAGAAUGCUACAUGUUGUCUAUCGCGUUGGAGAUUUAGACAAGACCAUAAAAUUCUAUACUGAGUGCCUUGGAAUGAAGCUUCUACGAAAACGUGACAUACCAGAGGAGAAAUACACAAAUGCCUUCCUUGGGUUUGGUCCAGAGGAUUCCCACUUCGUGAUCGAGCUCACUUACAAUUAUGGAGUUGACAAAUAUGAUAUUGGCACUGGGUUUGGCCAUUUUGGUAUUGCGGUUGAAGAUGUUUACAAGACCGUAGAACUCAUAAAAGCUAAGGGUGGCAAAGUGACCCGAGAAGCUGGCCCUGUGAAAGGUGGCAGUACCGUUAUUGCUUUUGUUGAAGAUCCGGAUGGCUAUAAGUUUGAACUUAUAGAAAGGGGACCUACUCCUGAACCUUUAUGCCAAGUAAUGCUUCGUGUGGGUGAUCUUGAUCGCUCUAUAGAGUUUUAUAAGAAGGCUUAUGGAAUGGAGCUUCUACGUAAACGUGAUAAUCCAGAUUACAAGUAUACUAUAGCAAUGAUGGGUUAUGGUCCUGAAGACAAAAAUGCUGUUAUGGAGUUGACAUAUAACUAUGGUGUCACGGAUUAUGAAAAAGGGAAUGCUUAUGCUCAGAUUGCUAUCGGUACAGAUGAUGUGUACAGAACUGCAGAAGCAGUGAAACUUUGUGGGGGGAAGGUCACACGAGAACCUGGACCGUUGCCUGGAAUUAACACCAAGAUUACAGCUUGCUUGGAUCCUGAUGGUUGGAAGACGGUUUUUGUAGAUAACGUUGAUUUCCUGAAGGAGCUGGAAUAAGUCUUUGGCAGAUUCCCCUGUUCUAUAUUUUUUACCUUGCUUCCAAGAACCCAUUUGUACAUCAAACUGGCACCAACAAUAGAAACUCUUUCAUUAGGAUCAUACAGCAGCAGAAUAUGUUCAAAUUCUAUUUCAACAUUUCUGUCCCAUUUUCCCACUUAUUUCAUUAUAUAACUCCCAUAUUUUGUGGCCAA